CAAAUUAAUAUCUAGAACUAUAUCAAUCUUUUUCUCUCUUUCAAAUGUCAAAUGCUACAGGUGAUGAAGGGAGCUUCUCUUCAGGAAAUACCGGGGAAGAAGUUGUUCGAGAAAAGCAGCAAAAACAGCUACAAAAUCAUCUCCAUGGCUCAAGCACAGGACCUUCUGGUGCCAACAGUAAUAGCUCUACCUCCCAACAGCAACCACCAGCCAAGAAGAAAAGGAAUCUUCCAGGAACUCCAGAUCCAAAUGCUGAAGUUAUUGCUCUAUCACCAACGACACUAAUGGCAACAAACAGGUUUGUGUGUGAGAUAUGCAACAAAGGGUUCCAAAGGGACCAAAACCUUCAAUUGCACAGGAGAGGUCACAAUCUUCCAUGGAAGCUCAGGCAGAGGACAAGCACCGAGGUCAAGAAAAAAGUCUACACAUGCCCUGAGCCAUCAUGUGUCCACCACAACCCAGCUCGAGCAUUAGGAGACCUUACUGGCAUUAAAAAGCACUUUAGCCGUAAACAUGGAGAAAAGAAAUGGAAAUGUGACAAAUGCUCAAAGAAAUAUGCUGUGCAAUCCGAUUGGAAGGCUCAUCAAAAGACCUGUGGUACUAGAGAAUACAAAUGUGAUUGUGGAACCAUCUUUUCCAGGAGAGAUAGCUUUAUCACCCACAGAGCUUUCUGUGAUGCAUUAGCAGAAGAAAACAACAAAGUAAACCUGGGACCAAUGAACAACAAUAUUGGGUCAAACUUAGACACCCAAAUGCCUGAGCUGAUGUCAUCUAUGCCUACCAACACCACAACAAACACAUCCAUUGGAACAUCUGAAUUCAACAACUUUGACCCCAAGAACCCACUCAAAUCCCUCCCCCAAGAACUAGUCCCAAUUCCAUUUAAGUCCAUGAACAUGGGAGGUUUGUUAUCAACAAGCUCAGGUACUCUCUUUGGUGGUCCAAAGACUUCCUCUUCAUCAAGCCUACAUCUCAGUUCCAACAGCUCCUCUGGCUUAAAUUAUCUCCAAGACAAUAAAAAUGGGUGCCAAAUCUCUGGGUCAGCUCACAUGUCAGCAACAGCUUUGUUACAGAAAGCAGCACAAAUGGGUGCAACUGCAAGCAAUAAUACUAUAAACUCAUCCAUGAUGCAAAACAGCCUAGUUAGUGCCAGCAUGGCUGUUAAUCAUGACCAAUUUUCUUCUAUUAGACCGCCAUACUCAUCAAGUGCCAUUCAACAGCAUAAUAUUAAUGCCUCAUAUGAUAACUUCCAACUACAGCCUGGUCAAUCAAACAUGGUUGGGAUCAAUGGUGGAGCAUUCAUCAACCAGGAGCCAUUGCAGAAAGUCCCACAAGAAAUCUCACAACUCUUUGAUAGUACUACUACUAGUACUGGUGGUGGCUCUACAAUUAAUGAUAUGGCUAUGUUUAGCCAAAUGAUAAUGAACCAGGGAUUCAUGAUGAAGAACAUAGAACAAGAGAACAGUACUAGUUCUAGUUUGAUACAUGGAAAAGCUACUGUUGAACUGAGCCAGACAGAGCCAUCAAGUUUUAGAGGAAGUGAUAGGACUACAGUUGAUUUCAUGGGGAUUGGCGGGUCAAGGCCUGUGAAUAUGCAUGAACAACGGCAGCAACGACAACAAAGGUUGGAAUUGGAGGCAAUAAGCCAGCAAAGGUUUCCAAUUAUGAACCCUUUCCAGCAACAAUUCACACAUGGGGAUUCAGGAAUUGAAAAGCCUUUUUGGGAUGUUUGAACAAUAUAUAUAGGUUUUUAUGGUUGUGGAUCUGCAUGUCGAUGGAAAAAAAGGUUCUUACACAUAUCAAGGAUGGCCAUGAUGGAAUAAAAUUCCGUCAAUCUUAUUGUUCCACUUUAUAUUCUACUUUAUAUUCUACUAAUUACAGUAAAUUGUGUGUCUGAUUUUUUAGAA